AUGACCAUCACUGUCCAGUCCCCCAAGCUCGGUUACGAGGUCCCCACCAAGGCUGUGGACCCCCGCACCAAGCCGACAAUGUACCGUAUGCCCGGUGUCCCCCCAAAGGCUGUUGCGACCCACAACGUGUACAUCGAAUUCGACAAUGGGGACCGCAUCAUUGACGGAAUGGGUGGCGCCGCCGUCAACAUCAUUGGUUUUGGACAGGAAUCCGUUAUCAAGGCCAUGAAGGAGGAGAUGGACCGCUGCGGCUUUAUCUACGCCGGCCAGUACUCGAACGCGGCCGCCGAGGACCUUGCCGAAUUCCUGAUCAGCAAGAGCGAGGGCUACUUCUCUGGCGUAAACUUCGUUGGCGGUGGCUCCGAGGCUAUCGAAUCGGCUCUCAAGCUCGCCAAGCAGUACUUCUGGGAGAAGGGAGACACUGUCAAGCGUCGGUUCAUCGGUCGUCAGAUGAGCUACCACGGCAACACCAUUGCGACGCUUUCGAUCGGCUACCACCCGAUCAAGCGCAGGCCAUUUGCUUCCUUUGUCAACGAGGACGUCUUCUCCUGGGUAUCACCCGCCCACUACUUCCACUAUGGACGUGAGGGAGAGACCGAGGAAGAGUACGCCACUCGUCUUGCAGAUGAGCUUGAGGCGGAGAUCCUGCGCCUUGGUCCCGAGACUGUUGCGGGGUUCGUUGCCGAGCCAAUGGUCGCUUCGUCGCAGGGCGCCACCUGCGCCCCCAAGACAUACUGGCCCAAGAUCCGCGCCGUUUGUGACAAGUACGAUGUUCUUCUUAUCAUGGACGAGGUCAUGUCGGGAAUGUGGCGCACGGGACGCAUGUACACUUUUCCUCGAAUCUGCGAGGGCGUGCAGCCUGACAUUCUCGGCUGCGCCAAGGGCCUGGGUGCUGGAUACGUACCAAUUGGAGCUAUUAUGGCUGCCCCCAAGAUCAUGGACGCGAUUCACAACGGCAGUGGCGCCUGGAACCACGGGUUCACCUACACUUCUUUCGGCGUUUCGGCUGCUGGCGCGCUCGCGGUCCAGAAGUACAUGUACGACAACAACGUCGAGGAGAGGAUCUAUGCUCUCGAGAAGCAGAUGGGCACUACCCUCAAGGCCCGCCUGCUGGGCCCUGACUCGGGCCUCGACGGAUUCGUCAUUGACGUCCGUGGAGUCGGUCUGAUGUGGGCCAUCGAGGUCAAGGCGCCAGGACAGAAGGACAUGAAGAAGCGCAUUGCCCACCGCAUGAUGCAGCGCGCCCUGGAGAACGGUCUUAUGGUUCUGGGAAUGGCCGGUCUCCGCGCAGACAACGACGGCGACUGCAUCAUGCUGUGCCCUCCUGCCGUGUUGACCGAGGCCCAGAUGGACACCAUUUGCGAUCUUGCGGUCAAGACUGUCAAGGACAUCCGGGCCGAGCUGCAGGCAGAGGGCGUGUUCGAUGCUUGA